AUGACAUCGCUGGCCCUGGUGUCCACCUGUGUCCCUGCCACCUGCCGCGGAGCUCUCAUUAUCCGGGACGCGAUGUUCCGCGGCAGAGGACAUGACAGGGGGCCAGAGUUUGCCAGAGGAACACUCCAAAAGAUGAUCCUGUCCACAUGUGCUGCACUCAGCUCCGUGGAUUCCUCUCUCCGACUGAACAGUAUGGCCUAA